GAUGUCACAUCCGGCGGCGGCGGCAGCGGUGCUGGUUUUCACCCGGGCCGUCGGGGCGCGCUCGUGUGUCCCAGGUGUCCCGCCGUCUCCCUCCUUCCCGCAGGACUCGCCCCUCCUGGCCCUGGGCCCCAACGGUUCCCGCCUGCCCAGCGGUCGGUCAGCGCACAGGGCACGGCUUCCUCUGCUUCUCCGGACCACUUAGUCUCAACCCGGGCGUGUUUCCACUUCUAGAGAAUGAAAUAUGACUGACGACUCUCAGAGAAACUUUCGUUCAGUAUAUUAUGAGAAAGUGGGGUUUCGUGGAGUUGAAGAAAAGAAAUCAUUAGAAAUUCUCCUAAAAGAUGACCGUCUGGAUACAGAGAAACUUUGUACUUUUAGUCAGAGGUUCCCUCUCCCAUCCAUGUACCGUGCAUUGGUAUGGAAGGUGCUUCUAGGAAUACUGCCUCCACACCAUGAGUCCCAUGCCAAGGUGAUGAUGUAUCGUAAGGAGCAGUACUCGGAUGUCCUUCAUGCCCUGAAAGUCGUUCGCUUUGUUAGUGAUGCCACACCUCAGGCUGAAGUCUAUCUCCGCAUGUAUCAGCUGGAGUCUGGGAAGUUACCUCGAAGUCCCUCUUUUCCACUGGAGCCAGAAGAUGAAGUAUUUCUUGCUAUAGCUAAAGCCAUGGAGGAAAUGGUGGAAGACAGCGUUGACUGUUACUGGAUCACCCGACGCUUUGUGAACCAAUUAAAUACCAAGUACCGGGAUUCUUUACCCCAGUUGCCAAAAGCGUUUGAACAAUACUUGAAUCUGGAAGAUGGCAGACUGCUGACUCAUCUGAAGAUGUGUUCCGCGGCGCCCAGACUUCCUUAUGAUCUCUGGUUCAAGAGGUGCUUUGCGGGAUGUUUGCCUGAAUCCAGUUUACAGAGGGAAGCUUCAUUGCUCAGUGCCCGAAGACCCUUGUUAAAAACCCUGGUUGUCCCUGAAGUGGUCACCACAACAUGGCCACAUCAACAGCGUCCCUCACAGGACUCCCAGACCACACACACCAGAAGGGUCUGCCCGGGAAGCCUGAGCAGAGUGAUGGAGCAGGGGACGGGAGGUGAGGCUGGCGGAAGUGAGCAAGGACCACACUGUCACUGCGGAUGCCACACUGCAGAGUGGAGCUUGACGGAUCAUUCCUGGACCCCCGAGGGCCUCUGAGUUUGAGACGCUGGAUGAGAUCAUCAAAUGAUAAGAAUUCCAAUUUUUGUUUUCCUAAGUCUUUCAUCCGCCAAUCUACCCAACAUGAACCAGGGGCCACCUGGAGGCCAGGCACGUUCUUAAGGUGCUCACAGCCCAGAGGUGCACGUCGGUGAUUACAAUGUGCAAGGUAAAACUGGAUCGGCAGUUUCCAAGGACUGGUGUGUAAUAAAAUAUCCUCAAAACAACAAGCAAGUUGGGCAUGACUUAGACUUUCACUGCCCAUGUGGAAGGCACUGUUCAUUCUUGCAGCAUCUCAGUUGGCCAUCAAGAGCUGAGUCAGACAAAAACCAUUCAGCAGCCACACGGAAGUGGGGCUGGCUGGGCACAAGGCAAAACUGUGAAGGAGAUAAAGUGUCUGUGGUUCUGCCUUGACUCUACUCCCUGGAGUCCUCCCCUCUCGAGUUCCUAGAAAUAUGUCAUCACUCUUGCUCUAUCUCAUUCCUGUCAAGACUUGUUUUAGAAAUGGGUGCCAGAGACUCAGCUACAUUCAAAUGUAAACCCAUUCAUUCAUUUAGCAAGUUACUUAUUAGUGCCAGUGCUGUGUCAGGUUCUAUAUUAGGUACCAGGGUACAGUGAUGAGCAAAACCAGUCCCUGCCCUUCUGGAACAGAGAAGAUUGGAAGAGGAUGGGGGGUAGCCAUUAAUCAAACAGUCACAGAAAUGAGUGUAAAAUGUAGCUGGAGUAAGGGCUUCCAUGGUGAGGUACUUGGUGCAGGGAUCUCUGGAUCUGACCAAAUCAGAAGGUCAGGAAAGGCUUCCAGGAGGAAGCGACACUGUGCUCAGAGCUCAGGGAUGGAAGAAGGAUGCUCUCUCUGGGCAGAGAGGAAGGAGAGAAGGUUGGUGGGAAGGAGGGCAGGGGCCAGAUGCUGUGGGUGUGAUUUGGAUCUGUGUCCCCGCCCAAAUCACAUGUUGAAUUGUAAUCCCCAGUGUUGGAGGUGGAGCCUAGUGGGAGGUGAUUGGAUCAUGGGGGGUAGUUUUUCAUGAACGGUUUAGCACCAACCCCUUGGUGCUGUUCUGGUGAGAGUGAGUGCAUUCUCGCGAGAUCUGGUUGUUUAAAGGUGUGUAGACCCUUCCCCCUUGCUUCUGCUCCUCCAAUGUAAGACACCUUGCUUUCCCUUUGUUUUCCACCAUGACUGGAAGCUUCCUGAGGCCUCACCAGAAGCAGAUGCCAGCAUCAUGCUUCCUGUACAGCCUGCAGAACUGUGGGCCAAUUAAACCUCUUUUCUUUAUAAACUACCCAGUCUCAGGUAUUUCUUCAUAGCAGUGUGGGAAUGGCCUAAUACAGCUGCUUCUAGGACUUUGAUCUUCUUUUUCUAGGAGCAAUGUGAAACCGCUGAAAAGUUUAAGUUUUAGGGUGUGGGAGGGGAGGAGUGAAUGAAAUGAUCAGACUUACAGUGGAAAAAGAUCACGUUGGUUGUUAUACAGAGAAGGGAUUGGAGGAAGCAAGAGGCAACCUGAGGAGAGGCUUCGGGAGGCUUGGCACACCUGGUAAGAGAUGGUGGAGGCUUGGGCGAGGCCGUGGCAGUGAUGUGCAAGCUCUUAGGAAGUCAUGUAGCCACAGCAUACAUGAAUGGACAGGAAGAAGCAGGUGUACAGGAUAUCUCCUUAGGUUUUCUAACUAUUGCGACUAGAUGGAUGGGAAUGCUGUUCACUGAGGCAGGGGCACUGCAAGAGAACCAGGGCAUUUGUGAAGGAAGAGUAGAAGAAAAUAAUGAAUUUGAGUUUGGAUCUGUUAUAUCAGAAUGCUCCUGAGACAUGUGAAUGAAGCUGUCAUGUAGGCAGCAGGAUACGUUUAGCUCCGUGGAGAGGAGAGGACUAGGCCAGUGAUAGAAAUCUGAGACUAGUCUGCAAUAUAGACAAUAUUUGAAGCCAUGAGUAUGGACAGAGUAGAGAAUGGGAAGAGGAGAGGGCUUAGGAUGGAACCUUGCAGAAUUCCAGUAUCUAAUGCAUGGACUAAGGAGGAUGAACUUGCCAUGGAUUCUGGGGAGGGGCAGUUCUUGGAGAUAGCAUAAGGACUAAAAUGUCAUAUCAUGGAAGCAACGUAAUGGGAAAGAAAAUAUAGUUACUAAUGCUAAGGCUUUCUGAAGUGGAGUCGAAGAGGAUCACACUCACACCUGCUGAAGGUCAAACCAGGGGAUGUUCCAGUAGACUCGGUGAAACAACUGAAGUCAGCAUCUGCUGGCCUUCAGCACCUCAGCUGAGAGUACCCUCAUUAACUAACCAAUCACAACGGCUUUGUGAUUUAGGAUUUCUGCCUGGCCAAUGAACUACUUCUGAAGAUAACUUUUUGUGACAAUCCUCUAUUUUAAAAAUUCUCUCCUGCAGCCAGCUUUGUAGGGCACUCUUCAGGGCUGCCCUGAUCCGGUGGACCCCAACUGCCAUUCUUUGUCUCCCAAAUAAGUGCUAUGUGCUUUGACCUGUGUGUCAAUCUUUUCAUUAACAGUAAGACAAUAGGUAUGGCCCACAAAGAGUGCUGAGAGCUGCUGUAAGGUUAGAUGAGGCCUGAAAAAAAAUGCCCACUGGGUUUAGCACCAUGGAGGCUGUUACUAGAGCCCCUUCAGUGGGGUGGCAGGAAGAGAAACAAGAUUGGAGAGGGCUGAGGACAGGGGUGGGAAAAUGGAUGCACCGAAGGUGAAGGACUCGGCCACGAAGCCUGGCUUUGAAAGGGGUGAGAGAAGUAGAAGUGAAGGAGGCUGUGGUGGAAUUUUAUUUUAUUUAUUUUAUUGUUUUUUUUUUUCAGAGAUGGGGCCUCACAUGGUCACC